UUCCUCCUCCAGGAUGACGAGUGGAUCCCAGAGUGCUGCUCCCCGUCAGAAAUGAAAGGAGCAAGCUAACCAGCUAAGCUAAGUUAGCCUGAUGUGAUGGAGGCUGAAAACACGAUGGAGCUGCACAGACGAGCAGCGGCGUAGACCCCCCUGGAGACCGAGCUGUGUUUAAACCUCACCCCCCUGAGACCAGUAUCUGCGCGCGGACAGGAACGAUAUGCAGUCAUGAAGCGGGUUCGCACUGAGCAGAUCCAGUACGCUGUGGCUCAGUACCUGAAGAGGAGGCAGUAUGUGGACACUGAUGGUUCCCUGAAAGGAGCCAAACUCUUCCAGUCAGCUGAGGAGAUGGCUGCCAGCCUCACAGUGCAGACAGAGUCGGGGUGUGCAAACAUCGUCUCUGCCGCACCGUGCCAGUCCGACCCUCAGCAGUACGAGACCCAGUACUCCAGACUGCGCUCCUUUUUGUCAGACACGGACAUAUCUUGGGCGAAGGAGGCGAGCAGCAUCCUCUACCCGCUCUUCGUCUACCUCCACCUGGACAUGGUGCAGUGCGGCCUGAAGGGGGCGGUGGACGGCUUCUACAGUCGUUUCCACGGCGCGUUUCUUCAGGACGGCGAGCAGCGCGCCGUCAUAGAGCAGCUGCGCCACGUUCUCACGGCUCAGGACGUCGCGGCGAACUCCAAACUGAGCGCCUUCCUGGAGCACAAGUUCGUGCUUCACCUGACGGAGCCGGCCUACAACUACCUGCUGCGGUACCUGCAGAGCGAGGACAACAGCGCCCUCUGCAGGGCAGUGAGCGCACACUUACAGGUGGAGGUCUCCGCCUCGAGGCGUACGGACUACCAGCUGUACGGUGCUGUAGGCGGAGCAACCGCCGUCCCGAACUCCACCUCGUCCUGGGCAGGAGUGGACGGAGCGGAGAGCGGGGAGGGGGUGGAGGUCCCUGCAGGGAUCCCUCAGAACGAGGCGGCGCUGGAGGCUCUGCAGGACUGUAUUAAGAAGGUGCGCGAGGGCCCCCCCACGCUCACCACCGUGUGUUUCUACGCCUUCCACCACACGGAGCAGAUGCUGAACACCGCCGAGGUGUCGGCAGACAGCAGGCUGCUGAGCGCCGGCUACGACAGCUCCACCGUGAAGCUGUGGAGCCUUCGUGCCAGGAAGCUGAAGGCCAAGCCGCAUCAGGCGGACGUGUCGCAGAUCCACCUGGCCUGUGACGUGCUGGAGGAGGAGGUGGAUGAAGAGGACGGCUCAGGCAGCGAGAUAAAGACUCUGCGGGGUCACAGCGGUCCGGUGUUUCGUACGGCCUUCCUGACUGACAGCUCCGGCCUGCUCUCCUGCUCCGAGGACACGACGAUCCGCUACUGGGACCUGGGCAGCUUCACCAACACGGCGCUGUAUCAGGGUCACGUGUACCCGGUGUGGGACGUGGACGUCAGCCCCUGCAGCCUUUACUUCGCCAGCGGCUCUCACGACCGCACGGCUCGCCUCUGGACGUUUUCUCGCACUUACCCGCUGCGGCUCUACGCCGGGCAUCUCUCUGAUGUGGACUGUGUCAAAUUCCACCCAAACUCCAACUACCUGGCCACCGGCUCCACAGACAAGACUGUGCGUCUGUGGAGCACCCAGCAGGGGGCGUCGGUCCGCCUCUUCACUGGACACCGAGGCCCCGUGCUGUCACUCGCUUUCUCCCCUAACGGGAAGUAUUUGGCGUCCGCUGGCGAGGACCAGAGGGUGAAGCUGUGGGACUUAUCGUCAGGGACGUUGUUCAAAGACCUGCGGGGACACACGGACAGCGUCACCAGCCUGUCCUUCAGCCCGGACAGCAGCCUGGUGGCGUCAUCAUCUAUAGACAACUCUGUCCGGGUUUGGGACAUCCGUAACUCCCACGGAGGGACGCCAGCCGACGGCUCGUCCAGUGAACUGGUGGGAUUGUACACCGGGAACACCAGCAACGUGUUGAACGUCCAGUUCAUGGCCUGCAACCUGCUGCUGGUGACGGGAACCGCACAAGAGAAAAUGGAGCAGUGACCUCCGCCGUCUGACUGUUUGAGACAAACACUGGGACGUUCCUCCCGCACACCAAUCAGAACUUAGUUCCCCUCAGUAGUUCUUUUGAUAUUAAGAAAGAAGUUGGAUAUAUUUUUUUGUACUUUAUAUGUUUCAUUCUUUACACCUGGCUCAUAUGUUCACCCACAGACACAGGACAGUUUGUCUUUUGUGUGUUAUUAUAAUGAAAGACGCGUCUUUAAUAGAUGUCAGUAUUAAAGAGUUCCUCAGAUUGCCUCUGUGGUCAAAAACUGUUCA